AUGCCACGUUGUUGCGGUCGUUGUUUCAAUCUUUGCAAAGAAUUUAAAGCAUUUGCCCUACGAGGCAAUAUGUUCGAUUUAGCAUUAGGUAUUAUUAUUGGUACCGCAUUCUCCGGUGUCGUUCAAUCACUCGUCGAUGAUAUCAUCACUCCUCCACUUGGUCUCCUCAUCGGCGGUGUUGAUUUAGUUAACUUAACUGCUUCGAUUCCGAAUUUUGUCUAUCAAAAUCAACCGCCAGUUCUCAUUCGCUACGGAAGAUUCAUCCAAAAAGUCAUCAACUUAUUACUUGUCGCUUUGGCAUUGUUCGUCGUUGUAAAACUAAUUAACAAAUUGCAUCGGCUGGCGAUGAAAGCCAAAGCAGAUGUGGAAAAGACAGCCGUUAAAGAGAUCAGCGAAGAAGUCAAAAUUCUCCAACAAAUCCGCGAUUUAUUAUCACUAAAAACAGUUCAUAUCCAUCAACAAUAG